CUUGCAUCCGCUCACCUCUGCAGCUGCUCCUCUCUCGCCUUGCAAUGCUCACGAGCCGUCCCGUCCCCUUGCCAUUGACGAGUAGCACCCGGACAGGACAAGAAGCGGGCGAGCGUUUCAGAAAGCGCAGGACUUCCUUUGUUUCUGCUCAGAGGGAUGCUGAUAUAGGAUUGUCACACAGGAGACGAGCCAUGGGCCGGCCCUGCUUCCUGGGAUUUCUCUUGGGUUUCUGCUUUGCCGCUCUUCCCGGUGGUAGCAGUGCCUGUCCCAAGCCCUGUGCCUGCUACAUACCUGCUGAAGUGCAUUGCACAUUCCGCUAUCUCACGGCCAUCCCACUGCACAUUUCCCAAGAUGUGGAACGCAUCAAUUUAGGUUUCAACAGUUUGGUUAAACUGACUGAGACAGAUUUUUCUCACCUGGAGAAGCUGGAGUUGUUGAUGCUGCACAGUAAUCAGAUACACACAAUCCAGGACAAGACAUUCUCUGAUUUACGUUCAUUACAGAUCUUAAAAAUGAGCUAUAACAAAGUCAAAGUUAUUCAAGCAGAUACUUUUCACGGCCUCACCAGUUUGGUACGCUUACAUAUGGAUCAUAAUCAAAUUGAAUUUGUAAGCCCAAAAGCUUUCUAUGGUCUUACGUCACUGAGGCUGGUCCACUUGGAAGGAAAUGUACUUAAACAACUUCACCCAGACACAUUUGUCACCUUACGCUACCUCCGAAUAUUCAAAACAUCCUCCAUAAAGCAUGUCUACUUGUCUGACAACUUCCUCACUUCACUGCCACAAGAUAUUUUCUCUUACAUGUCUGAGCUAGAGAGCCUCUUUCUUCAUGGAAACCCCUGGACUUGUGAUUGUGCACUGAAGUGGUUUGCUGAGUGGGCUGAACAUUAUCCAGAUAUUGUAAAGUGCAAAAAAGACAGAAGUCCUUCCAGUGUCCUACAAUGUCCCUCGUGCUCCAGUCCGAGGAACUCCAAAGGCAGACAGUUAGCAGAGAUUCAGUCUUCUGAUCUUAAAUGUGUAAAGCCAACCAUUGACCCAGUCUUAAAAUUCAGGAACAUCACGGUGCCAGAUGAUGGUGACUUCACUUUAGUCUCCUCCAAGGAUUUUAUUGCUCCCAUAGGAUCCAUCGUGUUAAACUUGACAGAUCAGUCAGGGAACCGAGCAAACUUGGUUUGCAGCGUGCAGAAGCCUACGAAGAUUUCCCCUGUCCAGCUUGAAAAAAAUGAAACCGUAGUACUUGAAACAUCGCUAUCAACCUUUCUGGUGUGUAGCAUUGACUAUGAGCACAUUCAGCAACUGUGGAGCAUACUGGCCCUGUACAGCGAUUCUCCCUUAAAACUGACAAGGGAUCUCUUACUGACAAAAGCGCCUUAUAUCAGUUAUAGGUACAAACAGACACAAACAGAUACUGAAGAUGAAGACAUUUUCACAAAUAUAGAAGCUGAAAUGAGCGCUGAACCUCCUUGGCUGAUGCAGAGCCACGUGUCAUUGCGAUUAGACAGGACGGCAACCACGCUUGUCACUUUGCAUGUUCAGUAUUCAGUGAAUGCUCAAAUCACUCUUCCAGUUAUUGCCUCUCAAAAAGAAAGACAAAACUGGGCUAUGAUGUUACAAGCCAACAGGACAAGGACUGAACACACUGUUUUGGUGGGCCAAUCUGUGGAAUUAGACUGUCAGGCAGUUGGUGAUCCCCCUCCUAUCAUUGAAUGGGUAUUACCUGAUGGCGGCAAAGUUAGAGCACCAUAUGUUAGUGAAGAUGGGAGGAUUGUGAUAGCAAAAACUGGCAAAUUUACAUUACGCACAGCUGAUAAUUUUGACACUGGAGUGUAUCACUGUAUCGGAACCAACUAUGAUGAUGCAGAUGUCCUGUCUUUUAGGAUUACCGUAAUUGAACCUGUUAUGGAACACAACCACUUCAAUGGACAUCAGGUUUCAGCCUUUUUAGGUGAAACAUUAUUCCUUCCAUGCCAGUCCUCUGGUGUCCCAGAUGCAUCUGUUCAUUGGGUCUCACCUGAGCAUGUGAUUCUUGGUCAUACUUCAAAGAACAAAGUACUUUUCCACAAUGGGACAUUAAAAAUACAACUAACAAGAGACCGGGAUGGUGGCUACUACAGGUGUAUAGCAGCCAAUCAGUAUGGUGUUGAUGUUUUGGUGCAUCAAGUAAUAGUUCAAAAAAAGUCAAACAGGUCACAAAAACUAGAUGAUCAGGAAGAGGCUACCGAAGGCUCAGGCAACAGAGAACUUGAUGUUGGUGGAACACAAAGCCCUCCUUCUGCAGCACGAUUCCAAGCUACCGGCCAAGCAUCUACUGAAGUUUCGUUUACAAACCGUUCCAUGCUAAAGAGAACUAAUAAUAACUACAGACAGAUUUACAAGCAUAACAGGGACAAGAUGACCGGACGGCUUCGAGGACACAGAAGACAAUUCAGUCCUUCCACUAGGAGAAUAGAUCCGUUGCGUUGGGCAGCAUUUGUGGAAAAAACAAAGAAUAUCACACUGCCAAGAAAACAAGAAAAUGACACAGUGAAGCCAACAGUGAAAGUCCUUCUGUCCUCAGAGGUUUCCGCAAAUGAAAGGGAGAUGUCUGGAGAUAUUCCUCAAGAGGAAGAAUUUCUGCUACUAGUCACUGAAAGGCCUGUGAUGUACACACUAGGAGAAGCAUCAGGAAAUGUAGUAACAGCAGAACUUGGAAGCAUACCGAGUAAUUUUCACUCUGAGGAGUCAACAAACCAGGAGUCUUAUACAGAGCUUAACCCUGAAAUUACCAGAAGUGUUUUGGAAGCAUUCCAGCCACCCACUACUACUAUGGAAUCACCGAGUCCUUCACCUUACUUGCCUGGUAGUACAAAGGACCCACUGAACACUUUUCCUUCUGGGAAAAACCAUUUGCAUUUGAAAACAGCACCAACAAUAGGACCAGCCACACAGGUGACUAAGAGUGCCAGACUUGCGUCUCCUCAUGGAGUUACUAAAAAGCCCAAUUUAUUUGUGGAAACUACUGAUAAAACAUCAAGAAAAUCAAAUCACCAGCUGUCUGUAAUGUCAGAACAUGCACCAGAUGAUAUAUUUGGACAUAUUUAUGUUUACAGUACACAAAAAUUAACAACACCUCAGCUGCCUGCAGGCAUGAGCAUUAUUGCUCAUCAGCAAAUUAAGAUAGUUAGGGAUACAACCCCUCGUGUUCCACUCUCCAGACGAUAUGGCAGACGACAGAAAAUCUCUGCAAGAAGAAUAGUUAGACCUGAUCGUAUUCCCAACAGUUCAGGGCGUAGAUUUGCUUUCGUUAGACCAAGAAUUGCUAAAGAAAGUACAACACUGCCUCCUUCUGUAGAAAUGAGUGCUCCUACAUUGACUCCACCAAACAAAUCUCUCGAACACAUUACCACUCAAGCGCCUAUUUCCACUUUAUUCGCAGUACAUCAUCCUGAAACAACUGUAAAUCCAAUCUUGACACUCUCUUUCAAUCCAGGAAUUAAACCAGCCACAACUGAAGAGCAUACAGCUUCUACAGCAAUUGCCUUCUAUCCUGAAAGUACCCAGAUUGCACCACAAAGGCAAGUAAACACUUCUACGCCAUUACAGACGGUUACUGAUACAUAUUCAUCACUUAGCAGUAGCCUGCCAGCAGAGAAAAUCCAUACCCCUAGUUCCUCCCUGGAAACUACAUUUACCAGAAGCAAUCCUUUACUUUCAGGCAUUAAAUCAGUUCAUACCACUCCAACAGCACACUUGUCUCCUAGGGUUUUCACAGAGAAAAUUUCUUGGCAAGCUGUAAAUUCCUUUGGAAGCAACUAUUCUCAACAAGAGCUACUGGAAAAGCAACCUCGAUUGCAGACGAGUGAAGAACCCUUUGCUGAAAACCAUGACACAUCUUUCCAAACUACAGGACCAAUAUCAACAUUAACAGUUUUGCCCAUACAUAGAACUGCUGUUCCAAAACAGGAGAACAGAAUGGAUGGUUUCAGAAACCGAGGUGACCCUAUAAUUGACAACAGUGUGCUUGAAGAACAUGCUCCCAUUCAACCCAUCAGAAUGACAGAAUCUUCAGCCUCUCUCUCCAAUCUUGCGGUGCCUCUAAGCAAGGGUGCUGAAGGCACGAGCAGCAAGCCGGUUAUAACUCCACCAACUCCUGUUCAUUCUAAAGCAAAAGUUUCCAGACUCAAGGUGUUGAGACCAGGAAGGAGAAGAACUCAACGGAGAAAGAGACCUCUGAGAAGGUUUAUGCAUUUACAGAAAACCAUUUCGGUCAAGAAUGGAGUUGCUGCUGAUCUGUCCAAAGGAACUGUGGCUUCACUUGGCUUAGCAGCAUUCAAAAAGGUAACAGAGCCCACUCCCCUCAUAUCUACUGAACCGCUUUCUGAAUACACUGGUACAAACACAAUAGAGACUAUAGUACAACAACCAGUUUUUCACACAACCAGUGUAAUCAGAGAUACCUCCACAAUCACCCCUCAGCUUUUAACAAGGAAUACCAUCGCAGAAAAAUCUUUCUCGACUAAGCUGCCAGUGUAUAAUGGGCCUUCUCAACAACCUGCCACUGCAUCCCCACUCACAACAUCAUCUUUGACUAUUUCAGGCAUGACCACAGUACUACCAACCACAUCCUUGAUAACACCAGCAUCCUUGUUUACCAGACUAAUGCAAUCUGCAUCAGUAGCAGAUAAGGAAUAUAUAUACCAGUAUAUGGGAAGAAAACCUGCUAACAAAAAGCCCUCAACAGAAGCAGCCCUUCCUUCUAAAGCUGAGCUAAGUAGCACAACUCCUACUGAUGCGGGAUCUUCCUCCACAUACCAGCCAAGCCAGUUGACAUCCCAAACAUUAGCCACACCUGUCGUUCAAACCACCGCAUCUCCUAGCUGGGGGUGGAAGUUCUGGCAUAAACCAUCUCCUAAAAUUGUUGAAAGUGGCAAAACUUUCCGGAUCAAUACUUUGAUCACAUUGACCUCUCCACAGAGCUUCACUCAGUAUACUCCCAUGUGGGAGAAAAAGAAAAACAGUUACCUUAGAGGUUGGUCUGAGAAGACAACAGAGCAAGAAACCACAACCACUAAUCUGGUUGCCCUAGAACAUUUCCAUCACACCAGGCUAGCCAAACCCAGGAUAAUUGGAGGAAAGCUUGCGGCAUACACUGUCCCGGCUAACGGAUGCCCUUUCAUUCCUCAGGAAGCCAUUGGUAAUCCCUCGCGACCAACAGUACACUGGACUAAAAUAUCAUCAGCGGCUGAAACACUGAAACAAAAGCAUGACAGCAGGUUCGAGGUUCUUCCCAACGGCACUCUCUCCAUUGAGAAUGUGAACAUCCAGGACCGUGGACAGUACCUGUGUGUGGCCGCCAACCAGCAUGGCUCCGACAAGCUCCUUGUCACAUUGUCUGUGGUGGCCUAUCCACCUAGAAUCCUGGGAGGAAAGUCGAAGAUCAUCACUGUUCACUCCAGCAAGCCCGUGUCCAUAAAAUGUACAGCAGAAGGCCAUCCAACCCCUACCAUUUCCUGGAUACUUGCUAACAAAACAUACAUCUCACAAUCUUCUGUGGGAAAUGAAGCAGCUUUUGUGCAAGCAGACGGGACGCUGAUGAUAAAGAAAGUCAGCAUGUACGACAGAGGGGUUUACACCUGCACGGCAAGUAAUCCAGCAGGUUCAGAUUCUGUGGUAAUAAGACUGCAGGUUGUUGCUGCCCCGCCCAUCAUACUGGAGGAAAAGAGACAGCAUAUAGUAGGGAGCGUGGGGAAAAACUUGAAGCUUCCUUGCUCUGCCAAAGGAAACCCUCAUCCAAACGUCCACUGGGUCCUCUUCGAUGGAACUGUGGUGAAGCCAUUGCAGUAUAUAAACGGCAAGCUUUUCCUAUUCCCUAAUGGAACCCUUUACCUCAAGAAUAUAGCGACAUCAGACAGUGGAAAGUAUGAAUGCAUAGCUACCAGCUCCACUGGUUCAGAGAGGAGAGUGGUAAUACUUCAGGUAGAACAUAGUGAUACAAUUCCUAGAAUUGCAGAUGCAUCACAAAGACUGACUCAGCUGAAUUUUGGAGACAGGCUGCUUCUGAAUUGCUCUGCUCUGGGAGAGCCAAAACCCAGAAUAAUUUGGAGAUUACCUUCCAAAGCUGUUGUUGACCAGUGGCACAGAAUGGGAAGUCGAAUCCAUGUACAUCCCAAUGGGUCCCUGGUUAUUGAGGCGGUCACAGGAAAAGAUGCUGGUGACUAUUUAUGUGUGGCGAGAAACAAAAUGGGAGAUGAUCUGAUCCUUAUGAAAGUUAGUGUGACGAUGAAGCCUGCAAAAAUUGAUCAAAAGCAGUAUUUUAAGCAACUAGUGCCUUAUGGGAAAGACUUCAAAGUGGACUGUAAAGCUUCUGGGUCACCGGAACCGGAGAUAUCUUGGAGCCUGCCAGAUGGGACAGUGAUCAACAAUGUGAUGCAGGCAGACGACAGCGGGCACAGAACUCGGAGAUACAUUCUGUUUGACAACGGAACUCUGUACUUCAAUAAAGUUGGAAUAGCUGAAGAAGGGGACUACACGUGCUAUGCUCAAAAUACUCUUGGGAAAGAUGAGAUGAAAGUUCACAUAACAGUGGUAGCAGCUGCACCUCAAAUCAAGCAGAACACUAAGACCCAUGCAAAGGUGACAGCAGGAGAUACUGCACUGUUUGGCUGUGAAGCCGUCGGAGAGCCUAAGCCAAAAAUAUUUUGGCUGCUCCCUUCCACUGGCAUGAUUUCUUCUUCCAAUGAUAGAUAUUUACUGCAUGUGAAUGGAUCACUGUCAGUCACUAAGGUGAGGCUGUUAGAUGCUGGAGAAUACAUAUGCGUUGCACGCAACUCUGGUGGAGAUGAUACAAAGCUCUAUAAGUUAGAUGUGGUCUCUAAACCACCUCUUAUCAAUGGCUUGUACACAAACAAGACUGUCAUUAAAACAACAGCCAUUAAGCAUUCAAAGAAGCAAAUAGACUGUAGAGCUGAAGGAAUACCCCCACCCCAAGUUAUGUGGAUCAUGCCUGACAAUAUUUUCCUGACAGCCCCAUACUAUGGAAGCAGAAUAACGGUACACAAUAAUGGAUCUCUUGAAAUUCGUAAUGUGAGAUCUUCAGAUACAGCAGAGUUCAUCUGUGUGGCCCGUAAUGAUGGGGGAGAAAGCAUAUUGGUGGUCCAGCUGGAGGUGUUAGAGAUGCUAAGACGUCCAAUGUUUAGAAAUCCUUUUAAUGAGAAAGUAAUAGCAAAGCCAGGGCAAACAACCUUAUUGAAUUGUUCUGUAGAUGGCAACCCUGCUCCUGAAAUAAUCUGGAUGUUACCAAAUGGUACAAGGCUCUUCAAGGGUGUGAGAACGCUUCAGUACUACUUGGGAAGCAAUGGUACCCUCGUUGUUUAUAGCCCUUCUAAAGCAGAUACAGGCAAAUAUCGGUGUGCAGCUAAAAACAAAGUUGGCUACAUUGAAAAACUGAUUGUUCUGGAAGUUGGCCAGAAACCAACCAUUCUGACCCCCACAGGAGGAGCAAUAAAAAGUAUUAGUGGGGAAUCAAUAUCCCUUCACUGUCUUGCUGCUGGGAAUCCCAAACCAAACAUCAUAUGGACAGUACCUAGUGGCUAUGUUCUAGACCGGCCUCAAAUUAAUGGAAGAUACACGUUAAUGGAAAAUGGUACUUUAGUUAUCAGAGAAACAACCAUUCAGGACAGAGGAAGCUAUGCAUGCAGAGCUCAAAACUCUGUUGGUGAUUCGAAGAUAGUAGUUUUUGUAAUGGUUAUUGCAUAUCCACCACGGAUUACAAACAGGCCACCCAGGAAUGUACGCACUGUGGCUGGGGCAUCAGUUCAGCUUAACUGCAUGGCGUUGGGAAUACCAAAUCCAGAAAUUACAUGGGAGCUGCCGGACCACUCACUACUUUCCACAGGCAGCAAAGGCCGACCAUCUGGAAGUGAACUUCUUCAUCCACAAGGAACGUUAGUCAUUCAGAACCCAAAAUUUUCAGAUUCUGGCACAUAUAAAUGCAUGGCAAAGAACCCGAUUGGCAGCGAUUCCAUAGUAACAUACGUUCAAGUCAUCUGAAACAAUAAAUAAUACUCUGAACAACUGAUAACCAAAGUCAAAUCUGGACAAAGUUUGAUUUUGAGAACAUUUAAUCAAAAACAGAGUCCUGCUGGUCUCAAUGCAGUUAUAAGGUUCAGUUGACAACAGAUAUGCUAAGGCACAGGUACCUUUGGGGGUGGGUGGGGAAUCUGCAUUAUGAAGUUUUCAAAAAUCCUUGGCACUUAAUUUUGCCAACACAGCAACAAUGAAUAUCAACAUGGAACUACCUUACUUUAAAAUAUUUGUAAUAUAAUGAAGUAUUUAGUAUAAGGGCGAACUUUAAGAAAUGCUUAUUUCUUAUCUGGUAGUAGUAAAAACAGGGUAGACAUUGUAAAAAUACGUGAAAUUAUGUAAAAAGAAAAAAAAUUGUUUGCUAGUUGUUUGUCUACAGACAUUUAUGAAUAUUUUGUAGUACUCUUACAAACAUUUUAAAGCAGCAAAAUGUGCUGACCUGUUUGUAUACUAAAAGUUUGUUCUUUCUCACAUCAGUCCUUUUUUGUGGGACAGUGGAAGAACCAAUAGAAAAUAGUUUAAUUAUAGGGUUUUCCUUGAAAAAAAAGACAAUUUUGAUUAUUUUUCUAAAAUAAAGAUUUACCAGAUAUGCUUAUAAGGGAGUGUAGGCGUGUGCUAUAUGUGAAUUGCCAGAUACCUAGCAGCUAACCUUUAAAAAUUUUUUUAAGAGAUCUGAAUAUCUGGAUUUUUAUAAUAAAUGCAAUGCAUUAACAUGUUGCUG